AACAUGAAGAAACACAAACAAAUUUGGGCUCUCGCUAUAAUUUUAUUAUUUUCGUUUUCUAAUACAGUUAGCGGAUUUUUCGAGGGCCUAUACUGUGGAGAGGCAAACUGCUAUGACGUCCUCGGGGUUGGAAGAGACGCUUCGAAGAGUGAAAUCACAAAAGCGUACAGAAAAUUAGCCAAGAAAUACCAUCCUGAUAUUUAUAAGGGCAGUGAUGCAGAAGAGAAGUUUAGGUUGAUUGCAACAGCUGUUGAGAUCUUGAAAGAUGAUGAGCAACGCAAAGACUAUGAUUAUAUGUUGGAUCAUCCAGAGGAGGCCUACUAUAAUUACUACAGAUACUAUAAGAGGCAGGUUUCACCUCAGGUUGACGUAAGGAUUGUGAUCGCAGUCACUAUAACAGUGGUCAGUGUUCUACAGUAUCUCCAUGGAUGGCAACGCUACAACGAGGCUGUCUCCUAUGCCUUGAGGGAACCUAAAUAUAGAAAUAAGGCAAUGAACAUUGCCCUUCAGGAGGGUCUUCUAAAUGGCGUGAAAAAGAAGAAAAGGCCUAAGGACGAAGUUAAGGAAGAGGAAGAGAAUAUUCUUCGUAGCGUGGUUGAAAGAAAUGUUGAUAUAAGAGGUGGCUAUAGUCGACCAUCGCUUUUGCAAGUUCUCUGGGUUCAAAUUAUUUUCAGUCCUUAUUACUUGGUUCUCUACAUAAUAUUCAAACUUCGUUGGUUCUGGAAAUUUACUAUUCGUGGUGAAGAGUAUGGCGAUGAAGAAAAGGAAUACUUAACAAGGAAGAAACUCAAAUUGGGGGAAACUCAGUGGGAGGCCGUUGGUGUACACGAGAAAAACGAGCUUAUAGGAAGAGAAUUGUGGAUACAUGAAAAUUUUACGGAGUAUCAGACGGAAAAAGAGGAAGAAAUGAAAGAAAAGUUAGCUCAGAAUAAUAAAUAUAAAUCUUAUAGGCGGUAUAUGAAGAAUCAUGGCCCAGGUAGAAUAACAUUUGAUGAAGAUUAAUUACAAAUUGCCGAAUAAAGACGAUUUGAGCGCAUAAAAAUCAAAUAGAAUCGAGGGGCGUAUUGUUCAGAAAUGCACCUCUCAGAAUUAUGGUCACGCGUCAAGUUAUUGAUACAACACAUGCACGCCUCACAAUAUUUGACAACUACAGAUAUGAUUGAUUAAUGUAUCAUGAUAUGGGGUCCCCCCGUGGAGAUGACCGCUGUCCCCAACAAUAGAUGUAACUUUAACGCACGCGCACGGAUCUCGGGAGUCGGGACCACUGGUCGGGACGGCUAAUGGUGCCGAUAAUGAAUGAGUUGAUCUAUACUUGCAUGAAUUUAGGCCAUAAAAAAGUUUUUACCCUACUAGUACUAGAUUAGUAUCAGUGUAACUUAUAUGAUGCAAAGUUCUUCUGUAGACACUUUGAUGUAAAAUGUUCACGAAGAUAUUUUAAAUAAAGU